UCAAUAGCGCCUCGCACGUUGGCCACGCCACACGUCGGUCGCCGGGCUUAAUUCGAGUUCCUUCCUCAUUCGAAUCGAGACGAAUCGAGUCCUCGUUGUUGUCGUCCAUCGCCGGCGUGCGAAACGCGUCAGUUGCGAUCCGUAAAUCGCUUAAUUGGCCGACGGAAUAAUUUUGGAAAGGAAGCAAAGGCAAAGGCAAAGUCAACGCCAAAGCCAAAGUAAGCAGCACUCAAACAAAAUCAAAACGCUUUUCCUUCUUGUGUUUUGUGUGUUGUGGUUUUUCUUGUUUUUUUUGUUUUGUUUGCGUGUGUUUUUCUGUGUGUGCGUCGCGCUCUGUGUGCAGUGAACAAGCAAAAUCAAGAGUAAAUAAUAUAUGCAACAUAAAUCAAAAUAAAUAUAUAAACCAAACAACAACAAUUACAACAGCUUACAGUUAGCGCCGCGUUAUUUCCGUUUCCGCGCCGCCGACGCGUCGUGCCUCGUGUCCCCUCCGCAUUCCGUUUACCGUGAGUCGUGAGCCGUGAGUCGUGAGUCGUGAGUCGACUGCUGCAUAUCCUGCAAUUACUUAAAAGACUUUCGGUCUAAAUGGCAGCCGCAGCACACAUGGAGCACAAACGUCGCCGGACGCUGAUGCUCUUGGCGCUCCUCACGGUUUGUCUGUUGCCCGACGCCAAGGCAGCCGGAAAUGAUGCUAUUUCCUCUGUCGUUGGCGUUGGCGUUGGCGCUGUUGCUGUUGCUGGUCACCGUCAUCGCCAGCCAGAGGCACCGACGCUGCUCCUGAAGAAACGUGACGCCAACAACAAUAAUAACAACGAGGAUAACGAAAACAACGACGACGACGUCGACGUCAACGUCGACGGAACGAAGCAGCGACAAUCGAAGGCAUACAGAGACUUUGAUUUUUCAGCCUAUGUCAAUGAUUUCAAUUUGCAAGCAGAGGCCAGCAUACCGGAGGACAUAUUUGACCAGCAUGAUGGCGACUUGGGCGAGGAUGCGGCCACCCAGCUGCAAUAUGUGGAGCCUGCGGAUGCGGAUGCUGCUGAUGAUGACGAUGGCAAUGGCGAUGGUGAUGGUGAUGGCAUCGAUGUUGACGAAUCCGAGGCGGCUGAUAUUAUACUUGAAUCUCAAAGGCCCACUUCAAGGAAUUUCACUGUUUACCUAGCCAAAGAUGGCAAAGCAGUCAAGAAGAAAUACCAAAACAACAACAGCAACAACAACAACAACAAUAACAGUAACAAUAAAAACCACUACAACUACAAAUUGAAAAACAAUAAAGAGAACACGUUGCCGAAGAGAGUUGCUCAAGAUGAAGAUGAAGAUGAAGAAGAGACAGCAGCCAAAUCCACUUCCGGUGACAACAACAACAUCAACAACAACAGGCAACCGAAUGAGCAGGACAAAGUAAGCGUAGAUGGUGAUGGAGAUGGAGAUGGCGACGGAGAAGACACAGACAUGGACAUGGACAUGGACAUGGAAAUGGAAAUGGCAGAGGAAGAUGAGGACAAUGUGGAGCAUGAGACGUCGAAGCCGAAGCCGAACGCGAACUUUGGCAGCAAAAGUUUUGCGUAUAAAAAAUUUAAGAACAUGCACGAACAGCAAAAUCAACAGAAGCAAAAGAAGCAGCAGCUGAAGCAGCAGCAGCAGCAGCAGCAGCAGCGGCAGGCAAAUGCCAACAGUCCAAGCCAAAGGAGUCGAAAUGGCGAUGGGAAACAACAGCAGCUGGAGCGGCAAAGGGAAAUGGAAAUGGAACGAGAAAGGGAGAGAGAGAGAGAAAGGGAACGUGAACGUGAACGUGAACGACAACGAGAGCAACAGCAGCAGCAGCAGCAAGAGCAGCUGUUUGAUUCUAUUGAAAUAUUAAAUGAACGAAAAUUUAAUAAAGCGUCGGGCCAAUCAACGUUGCAAGCGGCUGCUGUUGCUGUUGCUGCUGCUGCUGCUGCUGCUGCUACUUCUAAGGAUGUGGUCGCUGGCGGGGACAUUAUGGCAAUCGGCGAUAUUGAGGACAAUUUUGGUAAUGAUGAAGUAUUGGCGGAAAACAUUAAGUCCACAAUUGACAAUGAUGAAUCAGCAAAGGAGACAACCACAGCAACUUCCACCACAACCACCACAACAACAGCAGCAACAACAACAACAGCAGCAGCAGCAAUAACAACAACAACAACAGCAGCAGGAACAUCAAGCACUACGGCAGCAAGCACAGAGCUCAAUUUGGACUCAGGUUACAUUGGACACAAGAAGAAGCGACACGGCCAAGCUUGGGGCAGCAGCAGAUACUAUGACAAGGACAACUACAGCAUAGGCCGUGUACAGCAGCAGCAGCAGCAGCAGCAGCAACAGCAACAGCAGAAGGAGCAACAGCACAAGCAGCCGUUACUCGAGUCAGAUUCCAUUUUAGAUUCCAGCUCCGAUGUGGGCGAGUUGCAUUACUACGAUGGCAGAGAGUUGGCUAAAACUCUCGACAGCAAAUCGCAUGCCAAUUACUUGAGUGGCUAUUUUGCUCGCACAAUCAAUGAAACCAAACAAGAUGACGACGACGACGACGACGAUGACGUAGGAGAAGGCGAAGGCGAAGGCGAAGGUGAAGGCGAAGCUGUGGUAGUCGGAGAAUAUGCGGAAGCGCAGCAGUUGCCACAACUCGAAACGGAAUCGGAAUCUGCAUUGCGUUAUCAUCCGGAUGUGGCAAGCACAACGGCAUCGCCGUCGGCCUUCGAACGCUUUAAGGCGCUGCGUCGCAGCAAUCGCCGCAACGGACACAAGAUGCACAAGAAACGCUACAAGGACUAUCUGAAGCACAGUCCGACGGUGACUCCAAAAUAUGCGCUGAAGUUGCGCAAGGAUCGCGAGCAUCGCGAACGCGAACGUCAGCGACAACAGCAGCUGCAGCAGCAGCAACACGAUGAACAGCAGCAACAUGCGGCGCCAAUCUUUGCGAUUGGCUUGCGACCGCAGCGAGCGACAGCGAAACCCUUCUACGAGGGUCAAGUGAACUAUUACGAUCACCAGGACGAACCGCAGGAGCAACAGCAGCAGCAGCAGCAGCAGCAGCUGCAGCCACAACUGGGCCACGAUGUGGACAGUCAUCAUACGGAAAUGGAGCGACUGAUUGCCAACGACAAUGGCAAUUGGUAUCGUCGCAUCAGUCCAGUGUUGCGCAACGGUGUGAAGACCACAAGCAACGAGCAACAGUUGCUGCUACAUCAGCCACAGUCGAAGCAUCAUCAUCAUCAUCAGCAUCAGCAUCAUUUGAAGCAUCAUCAUCAUCAUCAUCAGCAUCAGCAUCACAAUCAUCAUCAGCAUCAUCAGCAUCAUCAAAAACAUUUGCAGCGCCAACGACAACCGAAUCCGUAUCAACGCAAAGCUUUAGCCCAGCCGGCCACGCCCCCAACGACGCCUCUGGCACCGCUGCCGCCACCCAAACAGCAGCUGGGACAUCAGAUCACUGAGCUGGAGCAACUGGAGCGCUACUACGCCAAGUGGCCGCAUCUGGCACGCGUUCAAUUCCAGGUGUACGACGAACACUAUCGCGAAUCGCAUCCGGAACUCUAUGCGGACUACGAAGCGGAUGAGGACUAUGAGACGGCCGCUGAGCUCGAGGAGGCGCAGCAGGAUCAUGGCGAGGAGGCGCUCCUGCCGCCGUACAUCAAAAAGUACAAUCGACGCAACAAGCAGCUGCUCAAUCUGCUCGAAGGCACUUUACCACCGCCGACGCCGACGCAGCUGCUGCCGAUUCGCCUGGACGAUGAGUAUGUGAAGCAGAAGCGACGUCGUUAUCAGCAGCGUUACGAGGAUCUUUUCGCCCAGCAGCGCAGCACGAGCACCACGAGCAGCAGCAGCAGCAGCACCGCAUCGCCAACAGCAGCAUCAGCAGCAGUAACAGCAACAUCUUCGGUGACUUCUCUCGUUGUUGGCAAUCAGCUGCCCGAGGAGGACAAACAAGUGGAGGAUGCCAUCAACAAUUAUUACGAGGCAACCGCAGCGAGUAAAGUGGCAACGGAAGCGGCGCCAAAAGCAGCGCUCUUCAAGCUUCCACUCUAUCCGGCCAUUGCGGGCAGCUUCCUCGGCACGCCGCGCAGUCGCAGCGCACAAUUUGUGGCGAAUGUCGCCGGACGUGGACAGCAGAGCAGCUGGCCCGGAGUUGAGAGUACUUCAGCGCCGCCUUCAGCAGCAUCGCCGCCUGCCGCAUCGCCGCUCAACUCGUUUGUCUAUCAUCGUGUUGUCGAUGGUGUGGGAUCAUCAUCAUCGUCCUCAUCAUCGACGGCGACCAGCUCGAGUCGCAAACAGCGGCUGCCAUUUGUGGCCAUCACCGAUCGCCGGCUGGACAGCUUGAGCUCGCGGCACAAAGACUUUGAGCAAUCGAAUCACUAUCCGUUGCCUUAAACAGCCAAGCAGCGAUUAUUCUAUAUACAUAUAUAAUUAUUUUAUUUUUUUUUUGGGCAUGAAACAUAUCAACAACAACAGCGGCAGAAAAGUAGAACAAAAAGCGAUGUGCAACCCCCAAAAAAAGAAAAGAAAAGAAAAAAAAACAACUUAAUUAUAAACGUAACUUAGAUCUAAAUUUUUGUGUAGACGCUUUUCAAUUUGAUUUUGAGUUGUACAUUUUCAACACACACAGAAAGUAGUGAAAAAAAACACAAAAAACAAAAAACCAAAAAGUGAAAACACUUUAGCGAUAAUUUUGACACUUUUGUUUCCCAAAAACAUAAACAAAAUAUAAAGCGUAAACGAGAUAUAUAGGCAAGUAACAAUAAAAACGAGCAAAAAAAUGGAAAGAAAUGAAAAA